GUAUGGUGCUUAACAGCAAUCAAACUGUCAAAAGCUGGAACGUAUUGUAGAUAAACUAAAGGUAAUAAUAUAAUGUGUAAAAAGUAAAGCAUUGUAGAUGGAUGUGUAAUGUCAUCAUCGUGUGGUUAUAUAGUAAAGUAUUCUUGCUUUGCCAAUAAAUUUCUGAAAACCUCAUCUGGCCAAAUGGUCGGAAAUUCUGGAAGGUGAAGGUUGUUCACAUGAGAUAUUAAGGUCUGGGGAUUCCCGAGAGCCACUUCGUUUGCUCUUACAUAGGGACAGAGCUAGCAGAAUCAACAUGUUGGCACAUAAAACACUGGUGGUUUAGAAUAAGAAGUCGAUAGGAAGAUGUGAAAUGUGAUGACGUAAAGUCAGAAUUUUUGCUGAAGGUAGCAUUGCCGCUUAAUACGCUGUGGGACCAUGUCACCAGAGUGGGCAGCAUCGAGACCGGCACCGGUCGUGAGAAUUAACGACCUGCCAGACGAGGUCCUACUGGAAAUCUUCUCCUACCUGCCACUGGACGACAUGGCGCGGAGUGCGCACGUGUGCACAAAGUGGCACAUCCUGUUGAAGCGGGAAGAGCAGCUGUGGAGGCGUAAGGAGUGGAGCAGUAGCAGCGUGGGUGCGACGCGGAGGCUCCUCGCGUUCAGCGGCGGCUUCCCCCGGCUCCGUUGCCUGCGACUGCUCUACGACAGCGAGUACGGUAUCCACAUUGCCUGGCCCGAAGUGACGGUCCACCUGUACGUCGGCACUCCCUACCGGUGGGAGCCGUACUUCCGGUCCUUCGAUACCGAAAGUCUGGUGGUGAGCGAGCUUGUGGCGGAGAAUAUUUCCAGUUACAUAGAGUGCGUAGACACACGAACCCUGAGGAGGAUCUGUGUAGCGGAGCAGCACCUGGAGUACCGCCAGCCUCGCAGGGGGUCGUAUUUCACCUUCGUUCCUACCAGCCCGCACUACAGCUCCCCGUUGCGGAGCUACGGUCACGCCGAGAUGGUGCACUCCUCGGAGCGGUGCUACCGACACGACGAAUUCGGCCCCGACGGAGAGUCGGUCUCUGGGAGGUCGAGCGUGUCGGACGCGUCGGAGACAGAGGGCGAGGCGGACUCUGAGGUGUGCGCAGACGGCUGUGUGGCGUGCCCGGCCCUGGAGGUGUUGAACGUGCACUGCAAGAGGCUGUCGCAGCAGCGGCUGAGCGAGCUCUGUGCCCUGGGCCCGCUGCGCGUGCUGCGCAUCGAGAGCCGCGGGCUGCGCGACCUGUGGCUGCUGCGCGGGCUCGGCCCCCGCCUCGAAGAGCUGGUCGUCGCCGACUGUGCCGCGUUGGACGUGGAGGACUUCUCGGAGCUGCACGGGCUCGUGCGGCUGCGGACGCUCCGGCUGGGGAAGUGCCGGCUGGGGGAGUCGGUGCUGAAGGACCUCACCGCAGACCUGCCCCACCUCAGCACACUUUCGCUCAACGGGCGAGAACUACUUGCGUGCAGUCAGUGAUUUCCCGUAGUGCUCUAGUUCCUUUCCCACGAGUUCUGUUUCUCGAAUGUAAUUAGUAAUAAAUCAUAAAUAAAUGAAUAUAUUUUUACUA